GAGAGGAGAGCUGGAUGCUGACAGAUUCCUGAUAGAUGGUUAAAAUGGCGAGAGCUCGUUGGACCCCAGUGAGCCACCAAAGUGUCGCCCUGUAGGUCGGAACAUGCAGAAGCUGGAGCUGGAUAUCUCUGUUGUUUGAAAACCCUCGUGUGCGUUCACCUCACUUUGUUUCCUGGAGUGCUGGGAUCUAUUUUGAAGUCUUUAAAUGGCAUCCACAAGGCGCCGCCGCCUUGUCCUGUGCUUUUUGGGAAUACUCCUGAAUUCUUUAAUCGGUGUGAUGUGCGAAGCGGAGCUCUCCUUCACGCUGGAGCCCAGCGACAUCAUCGCAGUACAGGAGCAGCCCCUCAUGCUCCACUGCCAGGUGGACGGCAUCCCCCCAAUUACGACACAGUGGAGGCACAACGGCCUUCUUCUAACUCAGGACCGGCAUCACACCACCUUCAUCAACGGCUCACUCCUGAUCGGCCACUUCCAGAAGACCAAGUCUGACGGCUCAUCUGACGAGGGCGACUACGAGUGCAUGGCCCAGAAUUCUUUUGGGCUGGUGGUGAGCCGCAAGGCCCGAGUUCAGGCAGCCACCAUGGCAGACUUCCACGUCCAGCCAGAGUCGGUUCACGCUGAGGACUCUGGCGUGGCUCGAUUCCAGUGUCAGAUCCGUGGUCUGCCAGAGCCCGUCAUCAGCUGGGAAAAAGACAACCGCCCGGUGGACACCAAGGACGAAAGAUACACUCUGCUGCCGACAGGUGUUCUGCAGAUCACUGGGGUGACAGAGGAGGACAGUGGACGGUUCUGCUGUGUGGCCCACAACAGUGCCGGAGUCAAACACAGCACUGAGGCAAUCCUCACAGUUUCAGGCUCCCAGUCAUCUGUCUACAAAGAGCCCAUGAUCCUGGUUGGACCAGAAAACCUCACCCUCACUGUUCACCAAACCGCCAUCUUGGAGUGCAUUGCAACAGGAUACCCUCGGCCCAUCGUGUCUUGGAGCAGACUAGACGGCCGUCCCAUCGGCGUGGAGGGGAUCCAGGUGCUCGGCACAGGGAAUCUGAUGAUCUCAGACGUCGGCGUGCAGCACUCAGGGGUUUAUGUGUGUGCCGCUAACAAACCAGGGACUCGUGUUCGGAGGACUGCUCAGGGACGACUGGUGGUCCAAGCUCCAGCUGAGUUUGUUCAACUUCCUCAGUCCAUUGCUCGUCCUGUCGGCACCACCGCCAUCUUUACCUGCCAGGCGCAGGGCGAGCCUGAGCCCCAGCUCACCUGGCUGAAGAACGGGCAGAUUCUGGAACCCGGGGCACACGUCAGACUCAGGAACAAUAACAGCACGCUGACAGUCUACGGCAUUAGCCAGGAAGAUGAAGCUAUCUACCAGUGCAUCGCUGAGAACAGCGCCGGCUCCACGCAGGCCAGUGCCCGCCUCACGGUGCUGUGGGCUGACGGACUGCCCGGUGUGCCCAGCCAUGUGCAGGCCCAGGCCCUCUCACCCACCACCAUCCAGGUGUCCUGGAAGGAGCCCGAGCAGAACACUCAGGACAUCAUCGGAUAUGUGCUCCACAUCCGCAGGACCUCAGACCCAGUGGAAAUGGAGUAUGAGGAGGCCGUCAGCAAAGUGACGCUGCAGCAGAUCAUCAGGGACCUGGAGCCCUCCACCAGUUACACCUUCUACGUCAAGGCUUACACAUCCCACGGGGCCAGCAAAGCAUCGGACAGUGUCACCCAGAUCACACACGGGGAGGUGCCAGCGCCUCCCUCCCUCUACACCAAGGUGGUGAACAGCAGCUUUCUUCAGGUGAGGUGGGAGCCAUCCUCCAAGAUGGGUCAACAUCAAGGCUUCAGGCUGUAUUACAGAAGAGCCCACACGCCGCUGUUCACCGGUCCCAUCAGCUUCCCUCGCAACAUCACCCAGUACAACAUCACUCAGCUGGAUCCCUCACUGGUCUACGAGAUUAAACUGCUUGUGUACAACCAACACGGAGACGGCAACGCCACUGUGCGAUUUGUUUCACUUCGGGAGGCGUUGGAGAAAUCUGUAUUGGACGCCCCGUGUGACUGUGUCAAAGACGAACAGAGUAAAACUUCCACUACAGGCAUCAUAAUCGGGAUUCACAUCGGAGUCACCUGCAUCAUCUUCUGCGUGCUUUUCCUCGUCCUCAGCUACCGUGGCAGGUUAAUGAUGUGUAAGACAGUUCAGGCAACCCCCCAGGCGGGGCACAGCGCGGUGCUGGAAUCCUCGUCCUCUUCCCAGGGGGCCGCUGGGCUGAACAGGGCUGCCAGGAGAGAGAUGGAGGUCAACGGCAGCGCAACUGGAAAGAAAGUGGUCGACAGCAACGAGCUCGAGAGACUUUUCACUCAACCCAACACACAAGACUCCUGCAUGUCCAAUGCCUACGCACUGAACGAAACCCAGCUGUCUACGAUACCGCUGGACGAGUUCGUGGUGGAGCGGGACUCGGAGACACAGUUCCAGGAGCCUCCCGCAGCAGGAGCGGGUCAGCAGGGCCAAGGCUAA